UCCGUGAGAAGCUGGUGCCUCUCAGCCAUCAUGCAAACAGCACAGCAGCGUGGGGAAUCCUGAUUGGUUGCUGAAAGAUGAAGCGAUAUGGAGGACUUUUCUUCUCUCUGCGUUGUGAGUGAGUGAGUGAGUGGUCAUCAGAUGAGAAGGUGGACGAGCAACAUGAAGAGUUGUUUUGUGCUGUUGGCUCUGUGGGCAGGUUCUACCAGGGUGCUCAGUGUCCAGCUAGUUGCUGGUGACUGUAAGAGUGCUUUGGAUCAACAUCAUGCAAUUCUGACCAUUCCUGGGGAUAACACUGGCCAUUGUUCUGGACUUCUCCUAAACAAAGGCUGGAUUAUCACUGCAGCCCAGUGCAACAUGACGGAUUUGGAGGUGAUCCUUGGUCAGAGUUCAAAGAAGAAUGGGGAGAGGUUUAAAAUCCAGCAGAUUAAAGUGUUCAGAGACAGCAAGGGAGCUCAUGACCUCAUGCUGCUGAAGGUGGAUGAAAACGCUGCGAGUAAAUUCCCCGCAGUUCGUCUUCCUGACCACAAUACCUGUAAACCUCCGGCUAAUAAAGCAGCCGUUCAGCUCUUUGGCUGGACGGGCGAAGCCUUUAGUUUUAAACACAACACCACACUCCCACCCCUGCUGCAGUGUGGGACGGUCACUGUGGCUGAAUGUGGAAGCAUGUCCAGGUACGGAGACCAUCUGAGGGAGAAGAUGAAGGCCUACAGUUACCAAACGUUGCUCUGUGCUUCACACCCCACUGACGCCUGUGACUAUACAACCGCCCACAUGUCCGGCCAGACACUGAACUGACUGACUCUCGAGCCCUCCUGCUACCCACUUCAGACCAGCUGCCCACGCCCAGCUGCCACCACCCUGUACAGGAAAGGACAGAGUCGGCUCUAUCUCCUGAGGAGACUGCGGUCCUUUAACAUCUGUAAGAAGCUUCUGCAGAUGUUCUUCCACUCAAUCGUGGCCAGCAUUCUCUUCUACGCCGUGGUUUGCUGGGGAGGCAACAUGAAGAGAAGAGAUGCAUCAAGGCUGGACAAGCUGGUCAGGAGGGCCGGGGCAGUGGUGGGAGUGGAGCUGGACUCUCUGGUAACAAUAGCAGAUAGGAGGACUUUGGAUAAGCUGCUUUCUAUCAUGAACAAUGAUAGUCACCCACUUCCCACCAUCAUCAUGAAGCAGAGGAGUGUGUUCAGUGGCAGACUGCUGUCACAGAGCUGCACAACAGACAGACUCAGAAGAUCAUUCAUUCCGAGAGCCAUCAGACUCUUCAAUUCCUCCCAUCGGGGACGGGAGGCUGCUGCUGACUGAGUUUAACCCAGUCACACUACAUGGACAUUAUUCAACUACUCAACCGCUUAAUUAUUUAUUCACAA